UCUGCGUCCAACGGAUGGAAGCCUCUGCCGCGAACAGCGAUGAAGACGACAAACAAGAUGAGUCCCAAAAGUUCAAAGAAGAAGAGCAAGACACUGCGACGGGGCCUUUGAAAGCGUCUUGUGAAUAUCAGCAGCGGCUUUUAGAUGAUCCUGAGGAGCAAUUGCGAGUAGUGGUCUCCAUUGUGGCCGCGCGUUUGGGAACAUGUGGAUCGCGGAAAUUGCUUCCGUCACAUAUACCAAAAUUUAUCAGCAGCGAUGUGCGGCGCAAAAUAUUUCCUCGGGGCUCUGGUGGUCCCAAAGAAUACCUCAUGCGGUACCCGGAGGUGUUUAUUCUCACGGAUGGGAUUCACCCGCAUGAACCAGUGGUCACGCUUGCCCCCAAAUAUCACCCUAAUCCUCGGUUGCCACCUGCAAGCGAUACCGUUUGUGCAACCACUGCAGAAGCGAAUGGGAAGGGAGAAUAA